AACGGCACGAUGCGAUGCUGCCACGGUACAGAGCGAGCCAAUGCAUAUUGCGGACGGUAGUUCCUGCCCAUGGAACUGCUGGAGAAAAACCCAUCAUGCGUAGAUGCAGUUCUCCCAGGUCUCGCACGAACCAGAGACUGUUUUACAGUUGUGUCUUCUCUGAUCUCUUCUCCGGAACGCACGCGAGCAGCGGUCGUGUCCACGUCCGUCCGUCGUUGUACGAAUCGAUUUUUAACUGUGGGCGCAGCCAUCUUACAGUGGCAAAACGAGUGUUCACGUCGUCAUCUGCAACUGCAACAGUGUUUUUCGACUGAUCGAUAGUGUUUUUUUGCCUAAAUAGUGGACAGAAACAAAACAAAUCAUCCACACACGUACGUUAUUAUUCCCUCAAGUCCGCUUCAAGUGACGAUCAGUGGCGUAAGUUUGUGGAGGACAAAACUUUGGUGCUUCAGUGAAAAUCGUGCAUAAAUAUGAAAGCCAUCACUACGAUGUGUACAAAGAAUGGGGGUGCUUCCCUGCCGGCAGUUACGAGUGGUCGUGUGCAGCGUCACCGUGAUGGUGAAAACGACGAAAUUAAGCUUUACCUCUCGAAGCUCCGAGAGCUCGUACCGUUUAUGCCAAAAAACCGCAAACUGACCAAACUCGAGGUGAUCCAGAACGUAAUCGAUUACAUCUGUGAGCUUCAGAAUGCACUUGAUUCACAUCCUGCCGUCAAUGGGUUUGACUCGCUGGCAGUUCUCCAGCAUCAGCAGCAGCAGCAGCACCAGCAGCAACAGCAGCAGCAAGUAGGAUAUGUACCCGACUCAAUUGAACCCAUCCCGGCGCCAGCAUCCAGACAACCACUGGCCACCAUCUUGAGCAGUACGAGCAACGUUUCCGGAUCGCAUCUGAACGCUCUAGGCGAUGGAUUACAACAGCCUUGAUGGCAAAUGGCAGCUGUCACCCAACUACCCACGGUACAUCACCGAAGGGCCAUUUACGCUAACGGAGGGCAGCGCUCUGCCGCACGAACUUGUCCCAAAUUGGCUUACAACAUCUGUGAUAUUACGUCGAUAUGGUCGCACGAGGAUGCCUCACCGGGCACGAGGACAACUGCGCGUGAUUGAAUGGUCUAGCGUGCCCCCGUCUUCUGGACAUCUCUCAUCAUAAUGGUGCUGCGAGUUGCUGGAGAACUUUCUGCGGAUUGAUGCUACGCAGAUCGAUGGAUCUGUGAAAAACCGGAGAAAAACAACAGUGUUUUGCCAGGGCUUCGUUUCCGGCCAUGAUCUCAGGGUGUUCCGAUCCUAGUUGCAGCUGAUUUCGGGGGCAAAAGACACACUGCGGUCACUCAUUUUCGUGGAUCAACUGUUUGUGUCUGUGUCCGUUACGGCAGUGUUAUACAUUGUUCACGGUACAAAUCCCACCAGCUGCAAUACUCCACGAUCUGGAGCGCUAAUUUGGUUGAUGAAUGUGUAUUUAAAAAUAAAUAACGUAAUUAACACCACCUGAGCAAA